UCAUAACGCUCCUCUAUUCCCCACUUCCAAACACAUCCUCCAUUACCACCCCACCUGGCUUCACCACCAUUUUUUCUCAUGUCAACGGCUACUUUUCUUCCGUUAGUGGUGGUGGCAGCACUCACAUUACUAUGUGCCACUGUUUUCUCCAUCUCCGAUAACGUGACCGAAACAGAAAUCAACGCAUUAAUCUCAUUCAAACAUAAUCUAGAAGACCCACUUGGUGUAUUAGACGGUUGGGAUUCAUCCACAUCAUCAGCACCUUGUGAUUGGCGUGGCAUUCUUUGUUACUCUAACAGAGUUCGUGAACUCCGCCUACCUGGUUUACAACUAAAAGGACACCUUACUUCCCAGCUUGCUAACUUACGCCAGCUGCGUAGGUUAAGCCUUCAUUCUAACAACCUUAACGGCUCUAUCCCACGCGCUUUAGCUCAAUGUGUUUUGCUACGUGCCGUUUACUUACAUUACAACUCUUUUUCCGGUGUACUCCCACUGGAAAUUUCAAACCUUACUAAUCUUCAGGUUUUGAACUUAGCUCAUAACUUCAUCUCAGGUCAGGUCUUCGGUAAUGUCCCUAGAAAUCUCAGGUUUCUUGAUAUUUCUUCUAAUCUCCUCUCAGGUAACAUUCCCGGUAACUUUUCAACCGGUUCUCAGCUUGAACUCUUAAACUUGUCGUUUAACCGUUUUUCCGGUGAGAUUCCGACGAGUAUCGGAGGUUUAACGAACUUAGAAUAUCUCUGGCUUGAUUCUAACCAAAUUUACGGAACUAUCCCUUCAGCAAUAUCCAAAAUUUCUUCGUUAAUACAUUUGAGUAUUAGUGAUAAUCAUUUACAGGGACUAAUCCCAUCAACAAUCGGUUCACUUUCAAGUUUACAGGUGAUUUCAUUAUCAAGAAAUCAACUAUCUGGGGUGGUCCCUACAUCAUUUUUCUGUUCUAUUCGGAUCAUUGAGUUGGGUUUUAAUUCACUCACGGGUUUAACUAAACCCGGAAACACAAACACAACGUGUUCAAGUGUUUUAGAGGUUUUAAGCCUUCACGGAAAUCACAUAAAUGGUGUUUUUCCUGAAUGGUUGACGAAUUUUUCGUCGUUGAAGGUUCUUGAUAUGUCUGGGAAUGGAAUUUCGGGUACUCUAACUAAUGCUAUAGGGAAUUUAAGGUUUCUUGAAGAGCUUAGAUUGAGUAACAAUUCAUUAACUGGUGAAAUUCCUGUUAGUGUUGUGAAUUUCGUUUCGUUACGGAUACUUGAUCUUGGUGGAAAUCGGUUUUCGGGUUUGAUUCCAGCGUUCUUGAGUAAUUUGACAGGGUUAAGAAUGUUGUCUCUUUAUGGUAAUCGGUUUUAUGGAUCGAUUCCGGUUAGUUUGGGGAGUCUUUAUCAGCUUGAGUUUUUGGAUUUGAGCAUGAAUAAUUUGAAUGGGAGUUUGCCUGAGAACCUUAUGUUGCUUAGCAAUUUGAGUACUUUGAAUUUGUCUAGCAACGUGUUUUCUGGUGAAAUUCCAAGAGAAAUUGGAAGGUUGCAUGGGUUAGAGAGUUUGAAUGUUAGCAAUUGUGGGUUUUUGGGGAACAUUCCGGGUAGUAUUGGAAGUUUGUUGAGGCUGACAACUCUUGAUGUGAGCAAGCAAAACCUAUCUGGUGAAUUACCCUUUGAGAUUUUCGGGUUGCCAAGUCUAAAAGUUGUGGCUUUACAAGAGAACAAGUUAACUGGAGAUGUUCUUGAGGGUUUUAGCAGUUUAUCUGGUUUGGAAUAUUUGAAUCUGUCGUCUAAUGCCUUUACCGGGCAAGUUCCAAAGACAUUUGGGUUUCUUACAUCCUUGAAAGUUCUUUCUAUGUCUAAAAGUGGUAUUAAUGGUUCAAUUCCAGCAGAGUUAGGUAACUGUUCUGGCCUUCAAGUGCUUGAGCUUCGAGGAAAUCAUUUAACAGGUCGAAUUCCAAAGGAUUUGUCACGUUUAUCUCAUCUAAGGAAGCUUGAUUUGGGUCAGAAUCGAUUAAAGGAGGAAAUCCCAGAGUCAUUGUCGAGAUUAUCAAACUUGGAAAUGCUGGAUCUCUCUUCAAAUAAUUUGAGUGGAUCAGUUCCUUCGAAUUUGUCUGUGCUUUCCAGCCUGAACUACUUGAAUGUUUCCCAUAAUCAUCUCGAGGGUGAGAUUCCAGAGGCGUUGGGUUCUCGGUUCAAGGACCCUUCUUUAUUUGCUGCGAAUAAAGAUUUGUGUGGAAAGCCAUUGGCAGGGUGCAAUAAUGGAAAAAAGAAAAGAAAGAAGUUGAUUUUGUUCAUUGUUUUGGCUGCGGUAGGGGCUUUUCUCAUGGCAGUGUGUUGCUGUGGGUACAUUUACGGGCUUAUACUUUGGCACAAAAGGUUAAGGGGAGGUGCAGCUGAAGUGAAGAAGCGAAGCCCGGCCCGUGGGAGCUCUGGAGGAGAAACGGGCCGUGGAAGUGGAGAGAAUGGAGGUCCAAAGCUUGUUAUGUUCAACAACAAGAUCACUUAUGCAGAGACUUUAGAAGCGACAAGACAAUUUGAUGAGGAAAAUGUGUUAAGCCGUGGAAAAUAUGGCUUAGUAUUCAAAGCCACUUUUGCAGAUGGAAUGGUCUUGGCCAUCCGCCGCCUUCCUGAUACAUCAAUCGAAGUGAACACAUUCCGCAAGGAAGCUGAAUCCCUUGGCAAGGUCAGACAUCGCAAUUUGACUGUUGUUCGUGGAUACUAUGCGGGACCCCCACCUGAUGUUCGACUAGUUGUAUACGACUACAUGCCUAAUGGAAAUCUUGCCACACUUUUACAAGAGGCGUCUCAUCAGGAUGGCCAUGUACUCAAUUGGCCAAUGCGCCACCUGAUUGCUCUUGGCAUUGCUCGUGGCUUAGCUUACCUUCAUUCAGUUUCAAUAGUUCAUGGCGAUGUCAAACCACAAAACAUAUUGUUUGAUGCAGAUUUCGAAGCACAUCUUUCUGAUUUUGGUUUAGAUAAACUAAGCCUAGUAGCAACCCCAACCACAGCUGAGACUUCAACAUCUUCCACCCCGGUUGGAACUCUCGGCUACGUAGCACCUGAAGUGACAUUAACUGGAGUACCCACAAAAGAAGCUGAUGUAUACAGUUUUGGGAUUGUAUUGUUAGAGAUACUAACAGGAAGAAAGCCAGUAAUGUUCAAUGGGGAUGAGGACAUUGUCAAGUGGGUGAAGAGACAACUACAAAGAGGCCAAAUUUCUGAAUUGCUCGAGCCCGGUUUGCUUGAAUUGGAUCCUGAAUCAUCGGAAUGGGAAGAGUUCUUGUUGGGAAUCAAAGUCGGUUUGCUUUGUACCAUGCCUGAUCCUCUAGAAAGACCGGCGAUGACUGAUAUCGUAUUCAUGCUUGAAGGCUGCCGAGUUGGUCCGGAUAUUCCCUCUUCAGCUGAUCCUACAACUCUUCCUUCACCAAUGUGAUGAAAAUUCAAUUCAAUUUGGAAGAAAAUUUCCUUCAUUUUCUGAGUUCAAUGUUGUGCAUGUAUCUCUUCAAUGUAUUAUUGCUCCAUUCAUUGUCAUUAACUUCUUUUUUCUUCAGGAAAACAAAAUAUUGUUUGUACAUUGUUCAUUCUAGAGUUGGUUAGUUGUGUGCAAGUAUUAAAUUCAAGUCUGCUUUCUCAAUGUUUGUUGCAACCCUUUGAUUCUUUUGUGUUUACAAAUAAAGACCUCACCUUUCUUCAA